CUUUCACUUUGAAACUCAUCCGUGCAGGGACUGUCUGUGUUCCACACCGAUAUCCACGGAGUACAACAUGCAACAGCACGGCCCGUCGAGCUUUCAGAAUCUGAAGGAGGAACUUGUAUGUUCAGUGUGCUUCCAAGAGCUUGAAGACCCAGUCUCCAUCGCCUGUGGCCACACCUUCUGCAGAAAUUGCAUCGCUUAUUACUGGGACAACUCACAACAAUUAAAUUGCCUCUGCCCCGAGUGCCAGAAGGUUUGUCCCAAAGAUCAGCUGAUUCCUGUCUACAGACUCAGGAAUGUGCUCACAAAGGUCCAAGAGGGGGUAAAAGCAAAGCAGACCAAGAAGGAGGAACUGGACUCUGCCAUUCAGUUUGUUCACACCGAUCAGUCAGGUCAACUGCAAGUAGAUGAGGCUGCCAUCAAGACCUGUCUCUUCAACCACGAGGUCUUGGAUUACCCCGUGUGCCUAAUAUGUGUGAUUGGAGAGAAAGGAAGAGGUAAAUCCUGCCUCAUAAACUGCAUCCUAAAGGCUCUGUCCUGCCAGGAGAAAGGCCAGCCAUUAAGCCUUGGAUCAGGCAAUGAGCCAGCACGUGGCUUUGGAAUAACUGGUAAUGGCAUCUGGAUCUGGAGGAGGCCGUUCAUUCUAGAACAUUAUGGAGAAAAGAUGGCAGUGUUUGUCCUGGACACAGAAGACUCGUUGGAUAGCUCCAGUGACUCUGGGAUUAGUCUCUCUGCUAUAUCAGCAGCACUAAGCUCAUGUCUGAUUUUCAAUGUUCUCUUUGGCCUGAAAACAGAAGAAUUGGAUUAUCUUGAGAUGUAUCUCAAUGUUGCAGAGCUUGUAGGAAAAUUCUUUGAAUUGCAUUCCUUACAGCACCUGGAUAUCCUUGUACAUGACUAUCAUAAUGAAAACAAAGAUGGUCAGAGCUACAAAAGAUUGCAAACUGAGAUUUUACAAAGCCAGUCCAGAUACAGAUUGGUGUCUGAGACCCUGAGAAACUCAUCCGUGGCCUGCUGCCUUCUACCCCACCCAGAGAGAGAGCUUCUGAAUGCAAGUCAAGGGGAGUUGACAGAUACGACAGAGGAUUUCCAGAAUCUCCUGGGAGCUUACAUAUAUGAACUGGUGGGCAAUUUGUGGCGCCACGUUAAAACUGAUAAGAACGGGAGGAAAAUGAGCUGCUCACAGCUGGCGAGAAUAUUGAAGACGAUCGUGAAAAGUUGGAAUAAUGAGCAAUACAGAUGUGCCUCCCCUUUGCAGUUGUACUCUGCAUUUGAAAAUCACAAGAAAUUGGAAAAUAUUAAAGAAGAAUUCUGGAAUUUUAUAAUGGAGACGGCAUCAGAAAUGUCUGACCUGAUAAAUAAGAAUGUGCUCCCAGCUACAUUGGAGAGCAGAAUUAGCAUUGGUGCCAGUGAAUUACAGGAAAAAUUGAAAGGUUCUAUAGAGGACACUGAUGGAAUAGUAAAUCAAUGGCUCACAGACCUGAAAUCCUACACGCACCAACAGCAGGGAAAGUUCUGCCAAGACUAUUCCAAGAAGUUCUAUGAACAUAAACAUCGUGAAAGCAAGAAGAUCAUUAAAAAGAAGUUUAAUGAUUUCCUCCUGUGUAGGGCAGCAGAAACAUCUACUCUAUUCGCAAACUUGACUUCAAAACCAUCGAAAAUGGAGCGCAAGAUCAAUGAGGGUGUUAAUAAGUUCCUGGCUGAUUUUAAGAAUUUAAUAGGCAAUACUGAUAACCAAGAAGAGAAGCGACUAUUGGAUGAGAUGAAACUGUAUUUGCGUCAACAGCAGAAGAAGUUCUCCAAUGAAUAUUCUAAGAACUAUUAUUCUAGGAGGCUACGGAUUUUGAUGCGUGGGGCGCUUGGGUCAGCAGGAGUAGGAGCCCUAUGGAUAUUUGGUGUCUCGCAACUUGGAGCUAUAAUGACUGCCCCAGUCAUGGCAGGAGUCAUUGGAGGGGGAACAUUUCUGAUUUUGGGUAAAGUUGUACUUAGAAGGCCAAUUACUAAUACUUAAUAGGAAACAAUGGUCUAGAGAUGAUAGAAAUGCCCCUAGUUAAUGUAUGAGUAGCAGCACAAAGUAGAAACAGAAAAUAGUCUUAUAAAUAGUCAGGAUAAUAAACACUGUAUAAGGAGCAGUACUUCAAUCUUUUGUUGACAAUAAUACAUGUAUGUGAAGGGUAACCCUCUCUUAACAGUACUUUAUCCCUUUACCAUGCAUUACCUAGAAUAAUAAUUAUAUUGUAUAUCCUAUAAAUCAUCAGGAAGCACCCUCCUCUUUACUCCCUGAUUUAUACUGGCCAAUGACAUGAAGGAGACAAGUGUUGCUUGCAAUCUGAGAAAUUGUGAUUACCCAUUGGUAAUGACCCCCCAUCCUAUAAUCAUUUUAAUCAUGGCAGCACCUCCGCCACAUCUUGACUAGCCUAUAAUAACAGAUGGAAUAGUGGAGGUGUAAACAACAUGUGAUGAAUCCCUGCAUUCUAGUUGGUUUGGGGGGGGGGCAUUUUAAAGGUGUUUGCAACACUUUUCAUAAACCAGCAAGGACAACAAAAUAGCUUCCAGCAGUAAUAAUGGUUCAAUGUUAACAGAAUGGCAGCAGUAUCACAGACCUCUGAACAGGCAAUUGUGUAUGAACAGGCACAUAGUUAUCAAUGUGUUGGGUUCACAUGAGUUCUAUGAAUUUUCUCCUCCUCUACCUUUAUCACAAUUCACCUUCAUUCGCUGGGUGUAUUUUCACAUUACUUCUCAUAUUUACAAAAAAUCGCAAGUAAACUUUUUCAAGAGAAAUGUGGUGAAUUUGCUCCUGGCAUAAUUCUCUAGAGGAUCUUUGCCGUGAAGAUACAAACUAUGGAGAAUAAGUUUGGAGGGGCAACGUACAUAAGGGGAUUCAAAAGUCCCUGCUCUAUCUUUAAAAUGGUAGUUCACCAGCCUGAAUGUGGAGACAUUUCUCUUGGUGAAAAUUCGUUCUGGUGCUCAUAGUAAAUUGGAGAAAAUUCACUGGAGAGAUUUCACCUGGAGAAGAGAUGCCAAUUUAUGCUGAUGCAAACAGAAUUUUUACUACUGCAAAGUUAAUUCUCCAAAACUUGUUGUAUUCUCCUUACAGUAAAUUGGUGAUUUUGUGGGGGAUCUCAAUUUUUGGUGAAAUUACAGCAUCCUUUAGUAAAUAUGCUCCUAUGUCUUCUGUAAACUGACUAGCUAGGCUUUAAUGUCUCUUUAUUAGCCAGUUGAGGCUAAACAGACCCAGCUGGUCAGUUUGUAGCAUCUGCUUUGCAUACUGUUUGCGGGAGACCCUGGGACUCAUUUAUCAACACCUGGCAAAAUUGCCCAGGGGCAGUUACCUAUAACAACCAAUCAGUGAAUAGCCUUUUAAUGCCAACUGCAAGUAGAACAAUGAAAUCAGCAAUGUGAUUGUUUGCCGUGUGUUAUUGCCCAUGGGCAAAUUUGCCCGGUGUUGAUAAAUGACUUCCCGUGUCUGAAGCCCAACUCUCCAACCCUUGUCUUGAAAGGAAAUCUAUAUUUUGAUUUGCCUUCCCAGGCCUGUGUUGGAUCCGAAAGGAAAAGUAUUUGAAAACCAUGUAAUUGGAGAAGUAAUUGUGUAGAGUAAUAAAGCGGUGGUAGUAGCCAGCAAACCCCAAAAAGGACCCCACUUCGACAUGCAUUUUUGUAAUUUACUUCUCCGCUCCUGCACAAUACCUCAAACCAUUUAGCUAAGAGCUUGCUUUCUGAGGAAGGGAGGAGUAACUUUAUCUCCUGGCUGAAAUACCCAAAGAUGAGCAUUUCAAUUAAAAUGUUGCUCUGGCAAACUUA